UUCAACAAUGACAAAAGUCGUUUCUUGUUAUCAUAAUACAUAACCUCAAAAUAUUGUGGUAUAAGUGUAAGUAUAUUUGAUUUUUUCUAGUGUCUAUGGUAGAAAUGAUAUAUUUUUUCGUUUCUUGUUAUCAUAAUACAUAACCUCAAAAUAUUGUGGUAUAAGUAUAAACUUGGCAAUAGGGAGACCUGGAGGAGUAAAAUGUGCAGUCAAAGACUGCAAGAGUAAGUACUUAGAUAAUAAUCAACAUACACCAUUGAGAUUUUUUAGGUUCCCUAAUCCUAGGACCCAAGAAGUGAGAAUGAAUUCAUGGCUACUGGCGUGCAAUGAUGAAUUGAUCAUGGCUACUGAUCCUAUGAAAUUGUAUCGAAGCAUGAGAAUUUGCAGUCUACAUUUUGAGGAUCAUUUGAUGGAAAAGCACAAACUGAAAGAAAAUGCUGUCCCUACACUGAACUUGGUGGUAUCUUUAUCAGGCUCCAUACAUGAGGAGCAUUCAUAUUUCAGUGAUGAAAAUAUAGAAGUAGGUCAUUUUAUGGAAAUAGAUGAUAGCUCUGAAGAUGGGAUGAACACAAGAGCAAGAAGCAUUGGUACCCAAACAGAACCAGAUAUGGUUGACACAGGAACACAGACACUUGUGCAGAAGUCUGGUUCUCAAGUGCAGACAGAAAAGCAACUUUCAGCUAUCACACCAAGAAAAAUCAAAUUAAUCAAGAAAAUAAAUGUGGUAUAUUGAAAACUGACGUGCCUGGAUAUAUAAACUGGAUUGGACUGACACAUUCAACUGUGAAGCUGAUAAUGAUGCCUUACUGCUAAGCAAUUCUGAAGUAACUCCUAAUGAAACAAAAUCUAUUCAGAACAACAAAUAUCAAUUUAAUAUGGACAGAGAAAAGGAGUUUUUGGAAAAUUACUGAUGCCAGGGGAUUCUUUUGUCAAUUAUGUAUCAUGCUUGGAAUCAAUCUUAAUGGAAAAUAUGCAAUAUAUUGCCCCAGGAAGAGUUGGAGAAGAAUUAUAUAUCAGGAUGAAAAAUGUCCAAUAUGCACAUCCUUGUCCGGAAUUUCCUUAUGAGUAUAUGUUGAGGCUAUUUAUAAGGAUGAGAACUUAUUAUGUUGUCAAAUAUGCCAGUAGGAAAUUCCAGACAGAGGAAAUGUAUAAGAGGCAAGAGAAGAAGAACAGAAAAUUGGAAAAUUUGAAACAUAAUUAAAAUUAG